AUGAAAUUCGUCAAUUAUCCAAUUACGUAUCUCGCAAUUUCUGUUGGUUUCACAAUAGCAAUCACAUGCUCGAUUCUUGGAUUUGAAGAAGCAUGUGGAUACAUAUUUGAUCCAGAGAUGCUUGUCUGGCGAUCCGAGUUCAUCAACUGUGCAGAAGGUCAAUCAGCUAUCAUAUUCUUUUGUAUAGUUACACCAACUGUGAUUUCCAAUUCUCUGAAUUUAUCAUCGGCAAUCAAAUUAAUUUUUGGAAAAAACGUUUUCCAAGACUGUCUACACGUCAUUGAUCUCAUCAACUGCCGUUAUAUCUACAACCUUCGUGAAGAGACUUGGUUUCAAUUUAUAUUUUUGUCAGUAUCAUUUGUUUUGAUCUAUUCUCUAGAUGGAUUUGUGAUGUUCUAUUUUCACAGAGAUGUUCAACCUGAGAUCUUGAGACGAUUCUUGACAUAUAAUGGAGUUCGAAGGAAAAGUAAUGCUAUUGAGGCAUUUCGAUCGGGCAGCUCCAUUUGA